AUGGCUUUCAAAUCAUUCAUAUACUCUAAAGGUUAUCAUCGUUCUGCCGCUCAAAAGAAAACUGCAACAUCUUUUUUCGAUAGCUCGUACCAGUAUCUAAGGCAAAAUCAAGGUUUGGUAAAUUCGGACCCUGUACUUCAUGCAUCUCAUCUACAUCCUCAUCCAGUCGUAGUAGCGAAUGUGAAUUAUAACAAUGUAGAUGAUGUUUUGCACCUGCACGACCUAGAUUCGUGUAUAAACAACACUACAAACCCUCUAACACACGAGGAAUUGCUUUAUAAUCAAAACGUUUCUCUUCGAUUACUCAAGCAACAACAAAAUAACAACAACAUCAAUAGCAACAGCCAACAACGGUACUAUUCUACCGGUCCCACUUUACCAACAAACCAGUACGAGUCAUUGAAUUUCAAUAACAGGAACCUGCAAGAUUUUCAAUUAAAAACGCCUCAAUUAUCAGUGCAACAACAACAACAACAACAAAAUGAGUACAAUAUUCUUCAGGAUGAAAAAUCUCCAGUUUGGAAAGAAGACACAGAACCAUGUUUGAAUAAAGCCACGUAUUUACAGACACAUAUCAACGAAAUUAAUCGUUGUUACGAGCAAAAAAACUACAACAAAAUCAACUCAUUAUACCAAUCGUUAAAAAGAAAUAAUAUAGUUCCACCACUAGAGAUAUUCACGAAGGUUUUAGACUCUCUUUGCAAGAGGCCGUUGGAUAACAACGAUUUAGAUAACAAGUUGUAUGAAUUAUUAACGUGUUACCAAGACAUGAUAAACAAUAGACUAAAACCUCCUGAUGAAAUUUAUAAUAUUGUACUAUUGUCUCUGUUCAAAGGUUCUAUUUUAGCUUAUCAAGUCAAGAAUCCAAACGGUAAUGAUUUCUACAAAAUUGCCAUUGAAUUAUUCAACACAACCACCAACGAUCCAAAACAAAAAAGUGUAAUUAAAUUCCGCAAUUUCUCUAAAGAUGUUUUGGACUACAAUCUUCUUGCAAUGAACAUUUAUCCGGGCCAUAUAACGCUGUCUAAAGCUCAACAAGUUAUAAAAUCAUCUCCAGCCUUCAUCAAAGAUUCGUUCUAUUUCAUAGCAUGCUUUUCAUACGCUAAAUUAACGAACGAUAAGUUUGCCAUUAAAGAACUUUAUGAAGAUUUUAGACUGUCUUUAUCUUCUGUCAGUUCCACCCAAGGUUUGUUCGAUGAUCAGUUCGAGAUCUAUAGUGUGAUUCUUUCCAGUUUCAUUGAAACUGGUGAGGUUGAACUAGCCACCAAUCUUUUGGACGAUUUAGUUUCCAAGAUUCAAAGCUCAAAUGGUUUAGCUUCCAACAUUUCGUUAUUAUUAUCAAGUUUCUUAAUUUCGAUGAGUAAAGUUGACCCUCCUAAAGCUUAUGAAAUAUGGUUUAAGUUUCAUAAGUUAGAUUGGAUCCCUGAGUUCUCUUACGAAUUUUAUCUUGUUUUCAUGGCAAACAGUUUUCAAGAUUGGAAUUUAACUAAAAAGAUUUAUGAUUAUAUUUUUCCCAUGGAGAGGACUUUGUCUCCAUUGAAAAAACAAAAAUUAUCAGAUUACUUGUUGUAUCCAAUGGGUACAGAAUCAAUCAUCACGUCUUUGCUAGAUUACUCAUUACAAUUGAAAGAUAGUGAAAUGAUAAUGAAGAUUUUGGAAGAAUCUAUUGUUAAAAACUUUUCUUUUGAUAUUGGUAUUUAUCCAUUUGUUUUCAAUUAUCUAAGAGAAAUUCAAUGUGGCGAAGACUAUCUUAUGAGAUUUAUUGAGUCGCACGCUGAGCUAAUCAAGAAAGGCGAUUCUAUUAGCAAGUUCCAAUUCUUAAAUAUGAUAGUUGAUAGUUUUCAAUCACAAUCAUUAUUAAACAGAAUAUCUCAUGCAAAAUUUUUUAAGAAUUUUGUAGAGGAUUUCAACUUAGAAAAUUGUGGAAUGGUCAGCUAUAAUGGUUUAAUAUCAUGCAUAAACAACUUUGUCAAAGUUCCAAAGACUAUAAAGGACUUUCCAUACAUUCUAGAGAUACAUGCCAUUCUAAUAACGAAGUUAUUCGAUUUUGACACUUAUCCGGUUUUGCAAAAUGGCAACAAUGAAAUUCUCUUAAAGUUCAGAGACCAAAUUGAACAUCAAUUUAAAAUCUUAGCUCAAAAUUUCUACAAAUUAAACGUCGACCCGAAUGCUUUGGUGGGUGUCGUAUCUCAGGCCUUGAAAAUGGUUAACCUUGAUGACACUGCUAAUGGGCAAGAUCUAUUAAACUUUUUCAAUCAUCCCGGUGAUUGGGAUAAAUCUUAUCCGCUAUCUUUGGCUUCUUUUAUCAGAAACUCUUCUAGAGGUGGCAUAAAUGAAUUUACUAAGUUGAGCAAAGAAGGAUAUUGCUUCGAUUAUGAUACCUAUAAAGAGUUGAUCAUUCAUAGAGCUAUUAACAAACAGGUUAUUGACAAAUGCUUAGAAACAUGUCCUGAUUCAAUUGAAUUGAAGAAUAUAGUGAAUUUGAUGAUUUCUAAAAUUCCUGGCAGGAACUUGACCCAACUGAUAAUCAAUAAUUCGAAAUUUAGUAAAGUUUUUGUACCAAAUUUAAGAAAUGACUCCAUGGUAAAAUUAAUUAAGAAUUGUGAAUCUUUGUCGAAUUUCAUAAGAGUCUGUGAUUUUCCCGAAAAGUUCAAGAGCAUUGCUAUUCAAGCCGAAAACAAAAGUGCUAUUGAGCUGGUUUACGAAAGGUUGUUUGACGGUGGUUACUACGCCGAAAUUCUAAGGUAUAAUAAUAUUGUUCCUGUUCUAAACUUAGAACUUCUACUAAAGUCGUGUAUCAGGUCAGGUGAAUUCGAGAAAUAUGAAAGCCUUUCUAAAAAGUUUAAUGACAAGAUCAAUGAACCAUCCCGAAUUGAUAUGCAGCUAGAAUUUUUGAUUAAUAAGAAUGACUUGAAAGGAGCCUUCGAGCUAUUUGAAAAGACCCCAAAGAAAUUGAGAACCCCCCAUAAGACUAUGGACCUUUAUACAUUUGCAUUAUUUCUGGACAGUUUCAAUAGAAGCAUCACAUAUUAUGAAAGUCCAGAAAAUACAUUACAGUUCGCCAAUAUCUUAUCCAGUCAAACUAGUUUCAUAAAUUUACUAUCAACAUACAACCUAAUAGCUCAUUCAGAUCAGCUAUUGAACUUUAAUGUUGGUGGAAUGGCAUCAAACGUCAAGAAAGAAAUCUUAAGCCAAAUGCUGAACAAUCUGUAUGACUCUAUUGGACUGUUUUCUUCCACCAUUGGCAAUGACGAAUCGGUGAAAGAAAAGUUGAGAGAAAAGCUCAAGAACUACUGCAGAUUUAAAGCUUAUUUGAAAUCCCCUGAAUUGGAUAUAGAUGAACUUAAGACCUUGAUCUCAGUCGAGUCCUUUUUAAAUCCUUUUACUCCGGCAACGUUGUUUAAUAACUUGGUUGAAACUCUUUAUUUGAACGAAAACGCUUCCUCUCUAGUCCUCCAGAAUGGGCUGAUCUUCUCAUUGCAACAAAAAGGUCUCAACAAGAUACUGAGCUACUUGGAAAAAACCUUUAUCAAUAAUGAGAACCAUGCCAGCAUCGAAAAGAUCAGGGAAUUCAGAUCCCUCCUAAGCAAGAGAAAACCUGUCCAAGCAUGA